UACUUCCGUUCCCCCGUGUUAUGAAACCAAAUGAACCACACUUCUAAGACGUUUUGGACAUAGAGGUCUGCAUCCUGCUGGGAGAGACUAAAGUGAACAUUGAACUCUUGAUAAAAAUGUCAAAGAAAGGCUCGUCGGAGGGCUCGGACCGCUUUGAAUAUUUACAAACCCUGGUGACUGAGUUUCAGGACACAGACAGUGAAGAUGCCAAGGAGCAAGUGCUGGCUAACCUGGCCAAUUUUGCAUAUGACCCAAAGAACAUGGAGGCGCUGAGGGAGCUGCAGGUGCCCGACCUCUUCCUGGACAUGCUCACCGAGGAGAAUGAGAACUUUGUGGAGUUUGGCAUGGGCGGGUUGUGCAACCUCAGUAUGGACCGGGAGUGUCGGGACCUCAUCCUGCAGAGCGGUGGGAUCCCCCUGGUCACAAACUGUCUGUCAAGCCGGAGGGAGGAGACUGUGCUGUCAGCCAUCACGACGCUUAUGAACCUCACCACGGCCGCAUCGCGUUCGGAGAUCACAGAUCCAGCCAUACUGCAGUGCAUGCUGCGCUUCUCCCUGUCAGAAAGCCCCCGCCUUCGCAACCUGGCCACCGUGUUCCUGCAGGACUGCUGCACGGAGGCGCAGGUGGCCAGCGCUGAGCAGCAGAUGCAGGGGCGGCAUCAGACAGCACUCGGGAUCCCACUGCCCAAGGACUAGGUGGCUGAAACUGUGGAGCACAGGUACAGCCGAGGAUAUCAUGAGGGAGUUUUUUUCUCUUUUUUGUAGAUAUGGAUGAGCCUUCUCUCUAUGAGAGUUUAUGAUUUAUUUUUAAAGCUGACUCAUAGGAUUCAGAAUAUAUUAUAAGACAUCUUUUUACCAUAUUUCUGUCAACUCUCAAUAAAAGUAGUAGUUUUGUAUGGAGCUGUUGAUGUCAAAUGCUGGUAAUACAUAUCAGGUGUGAUGUCCAUACCUCCAGUUACUUAAAACACAAGUAAAAGACUGAAACAGAAGUUUGAAAAGUUCUCCCUCUCUCA